AUGACAUGGCCUCAAGACCCCUCAGAAACCGACAGGCAGGCUCUGUGGUUGGUGUUGUAUCAAGUACAGGAUCCAAUGAAUUUUGGAGCAGUUCUCAGAAGUGCCUAUCUGUUUGGUGUGAAGAAAAUCCUCAAGACCUCUCAGAAUAGCUGCUCUCUGACACCUGUCGUCUCCAAGGCCAGUGCUGGUGUGAUGGAGGUGAUUGACAUCUACAGCAUUAACCAGCAGAUUACAGACUUUAUUCAGGCACAGCAGCAGCUUGGCUGGGCUGUCAUUGGUACAACUGGUCAGAGCCAGCCAGUCCUACGCACAUCUGGGAUGACGGAGGGGAUAGCGACAGGGCCAGGGGUGUCACCAGUAGCACGGUGCCUGACAAACCUCCUGAUGCAGGACUACUCCUUUGACAAACCCACAAUACUAAUUGUUGGUAAUGAAGGGUCAGGACUACCAGUGGAGGUCCUCCGUGCAUGUGAUCAGAUCGUCUACGCUGAGCUGGCAGACAGGACAGCAGACAAGGGAGACAACUAUGUGCUAGACUCACUCAAUGUCUCCGUGGCAACAGGCAUAUUGCUGCAUUGUUUGACUGUGUUGAAGAUGAAGAAGAGGACUUAAGCAAUGAUCAAGUGGCAUUGGCCAGUAAAGGUGGACUUCCAUCUAACCACGAGGAAUAUAUGGAAGUGUUUCCGAAAAAUGCACUUUGUGGAGUGUGGAAGUUUGUUCUAAAACUUUAUUCUGAGCAGUAUAGCAGUAUUGUGCUUGAAAAUUGUACUGUGAGGAGUAUGGGGUUGUGCCUGGAAAUACUUGUACUGUGAGCAGUACUGAGUUAUGCCUGAAAAUUGUACUGUGAGCAGUUUGGAGUUGUGCCUGAAAAUUGUACUGUGAGCAGUACUGUGUUGUGCCUGAAAAUUGUGCUGUGAGGAGUAUGGAGUUGUGCCUGAAAAUUGUAC